AUGCCAGGUCGGACCUAUGUUCAGCCUCAAUGGGUUUGGGACUGCAUCAACCAAGGCAAACUACUACGACCAGAUAUUUAUUCACCUGGCGCCGAGCUCCCUCCUCACUUGAGCCCAUGGGUCAAGCCUAGAAAGGGCGAAUACGACCCCAACCUUCCACUUGCCGCACAACAACCAGAGGGUGAGGCAGAAGCAUUUGAGGACGAUAAUGAAGACGAAGAGGAGGCGGCUUUUGAUGUUGACGGCGACAAGGACAUGGAAGCAAUCAUUGACCGUGAGGGUUCAAUCGAAGUAGGAGAGGGCAUGGAUGUUGCCGAGACUGAGGAUGAUGAUGAUGACAGCGAGGAAAGCGAUUCGGACGCUGAGAAUCAAACUCAAGAACUGGAUGGGUCGUCGGACUCUGAUGCAGAGUCUGACAUAUCCGAGGCCGAGGCCGCCCGCUUACAACAUCAGCGAGAGUUGGAGGCAGAGGCCACAGGCAAGAAGCUGGAACCAGUCAAACUGUCUAAGAAGGAGCAAAAUGCCGCUAUCCGUAAGAAGUUUGAUAAGAAGAAGCGUGCAGAAGAGGAGGAGCGUGAGAGGCAGAAGAUGAUGUUGUCCAACAAGAAGCGCAAGCUACUCAAGCGGAUCGAAUACGGCGAGAACAAGCGCGACAACGAGUCGGAGAGUUUGCGCAGGAAGCGGGCGAGACUCGAAAAGGCAAAAGCUGCAGCAGAUACUUUGUAA